AUAUUUUGUCCUCUGGGUUGGUGAGUUAAAACAUCAGUCUUGUGGACGUUGGCAACCGAGUAAGACAGAAAAUUAAAAAGUGAUCAACAUGUGGACGUCGGCCGCUAUUCUUUUCGCUACUCUUUUCGUAUCAAUCUCUGCCGGAAAAUUCGGUGAUUCUCUAAAACAGUGCGAUUCCAAUAACCGGAAUGCGCUCAACACUUGCCUUUUUAAGAUCGUCGAAGACUUGAGACCUUUUAUGCCCACAGGCAUUCCUGAAAUUAAUGUUCCCGUUCUGGACCCAAUGUUUAUCCAAAGCGUCAACUUAGUGCAAGGCGAAUUCAGGUCAACUUUCUCCCAGAUCCAGGUCCGUGGAUUGUCCAAGUUCACCACCAUCAGUGUGACGGCCGAUCCAGAUACCAUGGUCAUGAAACUUCGACUUUCGAUCCCUGAGCUCCGCAUCACAGGUCAAUACAAAAUAUCGGGUCGGAUCUUUGUUCUAGCUGUCGAAGGAACUGGAACUUUUUGGAAUAUUCUGAAUAACGUCACCGUCGAUGCAACGAGCAACUUGGUGUUGAAAGGAAACGCACCUAACCAAAACCUCCAGGUGGCAAACAACGUACUUGACUUGAAUGUUAGCAAAAUGCGCAUGAGGUUGAAUAACCUUUUCAAUGGUGAUCCCAUUCUAGGUGAGACGGUCAACAACUUUUUGAAUGAAAAUUCGCAAGAGGUUUUCGCCGAAGUCAAACCAGAAAUGGCUAAACAAGUCGGCGAACUUGUCAUCAAGGUUAUGAACGACGCUCUUGGUGCCCUCCCAGCCGACAAAUUUGUCUCGACCAGAACGCGAUCAUGAGAAGUGCUCGUCAGCACUCACAUCUUACAUUUUUCCCAUAAAACUCCGUCCGUGACAAGAGAUUCUUGAUCGACCUCAAUUCGGAGGAUUUUAUAUACAAGUUUCAAUUUCAGACAAUAUUUUUUUUCUUCUUUUUAAAAAAUAGAAGUAUUUCUUUUUGCUCGUGUUUUCGAUGUUCUGGUUCAUUUUAUCGCGUCGCACAAAAAGUUGUGAAAUGUCCUUCUUUUGAUAAAUAAAAAUCGUCCCCGGAAUAUGCUUUAAACAAAUACAACGUCAAAGAAAAUA